AUGUUCCGAGCACCUGCACUCCGCCUAGCCGUUGACUCACUCCGCACUCCCCGCCAACCCCGCCUCACAUAUUCCUCCAUCCAACAACCCAAGACCAAAACCAUGGACGCAUACGCAGACCGACGCCCAAAGAAACUCAUCUUUGCACCAGGCGACAUAGCCCCCGAAGGCGAAGCACCCGAAGGGACCACCGAGCCACCCACCGACACCUCAACACCAACCUCCACAACGGAAACCCAAGUCCUCUCCCACGCAGCCCGAGCCCACCAAUUCGGCACCAACCCCCCACUCACCAUCUCCCAAAUCCACGGCACCAACCCCCUCCACCAAUUCAACACCUGGUUCCGCGACCCGCGACUCCCCGCAUCCUCAGCGCCAGAGACAUGCACCCUCGCCACGGCAUCUAUGCCUUCCGGCCGCGUGAGCGCCCGCACAGUCUACCUCAAGGAACUCGACGAACGAGGCUGGGUCGUCUACAGUAACUGGGGAAGUCGGGAGGGGAAAGGCGGGCAAGUCUUCGGUGGUGAGAAGGGGGAGCUAGGAGCCAUGCCUGAGAGCAUUACGACCGAAGGCAACAAAUGGGGUGCGUUGACGUUUAGCUGGGCUACUGUUGAGAGAUCGGUUCGUGUGGAGGGGUUACUUGAGCCGCUUAGUAGGGAGGAGAGUGAGUUGUAUUGGAGGACUAGGGAGAGGGGGUCGCAGAUUGGGGGGUGGGCGAGUUGGCAGAGUAGGGUUUUGUGGGAGGCUGGGGCUGAUGUUAUGGCUGAGAGACAGAGGAGGAAGAGUAUUGCUUGUUUGCAGGAUGGGGUUGUUCCCGGGGAUAUUGAUCGGACGGAUGAUGAGGAUGGGAGGGGGUUGUUGGAGACUAAGGUUAAGGAGAUGGAGGAGAAGUUUAGGGAUGUGGAGGAGAUUCCGUUGCCGCCUUUUUGGGGUGGUGUUAGGCUUGUGCCUGAGUCGGUUGAGUUUUGGCAGGGGAGACGGAGUCGGUUGCAUGAUCGGUUUAGGUUUGUUAGGGAGGAGGGUGAGGGUGAGGGUGUGAAGUGGAGGGUGCAGAGAUUGUCUCCUUAG